AUGAUGAGUUAUCAAAGGACUAUUUCUACAAAGGGUGGGAUGAAAAUAGAAAAGGCUAUGCUAGAUACUAUCGCUGGAGGAUCCUAUGAAAGAGAUAAUGAUGAGAUUGAGGUUAUUAGAGAGUCUAAGAAUGCUACAGAGAACGAAACAAAGGUGACCCAAAGAGUUGUUCACAUGCCUAAACCUCCAACUCCAUUCCCACAGAGAUUUGUGAAAAAGACCGAAGAAGGAAAAUACCAGACGUUCAUUACUAUGUUCAAACAACUUUCCAUCAAUGUUUUGUUGAUAGAAACUUUGAAGAAAAUGCUUGGGUCUAUGAAGCAGGAAAGUGAUCUCAAGUCAGUAUCAGUGGUGAAUCAUAUUGUGGAGGGAGGUUGUGAAGUGUCUAUUGAAGAAAGGUUAGGUGUUGAUGCAUUGGCAGGAGUAAUUAUGAAUUUUAAGGGUGAUGGUAUUGAAGACUAUGAUGAAUUAGUUGCUGCACUUUAUAGGUUCGAAUUUCGUUCCAAGCCAAAUAAGUUAGAACUAGAUAUGAAGAAUCGUGACUCUCCACCCGCAAAACCAUAUGUUGAAAAAGCUCCAAAAUUGGAGCUCAAGGAUCUACCAUCGCAUUUGAGGUAUGUAUUCUUGGGGAGAGAUGAAACUUUAUCGGUAAUCAUUGUGGCCAAUUUAUGUGAGGUACAAGUAGAGGCAUUGGUUUAUGUAUUGAAAAGGUUCAAACGGGCAAUUAGAUGGACUAUUGCAGACAUUAUUGGGAUUCCUCUUGUCAUUUGUACUCAUAAAAUCCAACUCAUGCUGGACAGCAAGCCAAGUAUUGAACACCAAAGGAGACUAAAUCCUCCUAUGCAAGAGGUCGUGAAAAUGGAAAUCAUCAAAUGGUUGGAUGCUGGAGUCAUAUACCCCAUUGCAGAUUGUAAUUGGGUCUGUCAUGUUCAGUGUGUACCUAAGAAAGGUGGGAUUUCUGUGGUUCCUAAUGUGAAGAAUGAUCUUGUUAUGAUGAGGCUAGUGACCAGUUGGAGAGUAUGCUUGGAGUAUCGCAGGAUGAAUGCUUGGACAUAA